CAACAUUGUGAUAUUCUCGAGAUCUAUGAACGGCGCGUUGAAGCUUUCAUCACAUCCUGCCAGCAGGCUUACAGCCAGAGAAGAGGAUCGACUCAACGAAGCUGCGAAGAUACGUAUCGCUAAACUACUGGGCAUAGAGCGAAAUAUGAUCGACCUUACAGACGACGAGUCACCAAGAAAAAAAAGGCUCGUCGAGAAGAUGAUAGUUGGAUAAAGGCCGAGGACGAUGGAGUAAAAUCGACUGCUGCGAAGUAUCCCGAGCUUCAGGAUGCUCUGCCCCAAGCAGCCUCCCGAGCCCAGGAUAUCUCUUCUCCUCGAAACACUCUUCUAAAUCCAACUUCGUCUCCAUCAUUGUUCGGAACAUCGAGUAAGCCACAGACUAUGGCAGGUGCAAAUCGUUCGAUGGGACCUCCGGGCGCGUAUCAGAACCAUCUACAGAUGAAUGUUCACCAAAACCAACCUCAAACUCAAACACAUCCCCUUCAUAAUCCACCUCAAACACACAAUCCCAGCCUUGUCAGCUAUCAAGCUCCGAAUCAAACCAACAUCCCUCAAACUGCUUCCAUGCCUCAGCAGCCUCAAAGAUCCGCCUCCCUCGCUACUCCUCAAUACAUGGAGCUAGCUCACCCUGCAGAUCUGCUAUCCAAUAUCUCAUUAUCAGUAGCUUCCCUAGAGACGUUUCAGCUACAGGAGAUCCUGUCGAUAGCAGCAUUGAGGCAUCCUGAUAUAUUGGAUCUUCUUCGUACCUGCUUCAAUCAAAAGGAGACGAACAGAAAUACUGCUCAUCAAGCACUUUACGAUCGCCUUCUUACACAGUCUCAAGAACAAGCUAGGAUCAUAAGGACUGAGAAUGAGCGUGUGAGGAACAAUUCUAUACACGCCGUGGGACCUUUUGGUCCGCCACAAGGCGCAGCUCCUCAUCCCACUGCUCCAGCACGAGGACACGUCCUACGAUAUGGUCUUGCGACGACUCAGUCCCAGACUGCUCCAAGAUCUGUCGCUCAAAGGCCAGUCUUCCGCACUCCACCAGCUCGACAAGAACACAUAUCAGCUCCAAAUGCUCAAAAUCAGAAAUCUUGCGCUCAAGCUAGUACAAAUUUACCAGCAGAAGUGCCGAGUUUCCACAACGAGAUCAACCACCUUCUCAACCCAAAGGAACCUAACCUAACGCCAAAGGCCAAAUUCGACACGCUGAGAUUUCUAUGCUAUUUGGCAAUAAAGACAGUGAUAAAAGCAAACAUGACUGUAAAGCAACACCUACAACUGGACUAGUCAUUCACAAACGCGUGUUCGCAAGUCUACAAUUCCCUUGACCAAGACUCGAAGCUCAAGAUCAUGCAGCCGCAAGCGUUGUGGAAUGGUCUUGACACGUUGGAAAAGUUGAGAGAUGAUUGCUAUGAUGGAUAUGAACAGUUUCUGCCCGCUUUUAGGGGGAAUUCGAUAUAUGAGCCCAAGGUGAGGGUACAGGGCUCGGACGACGAGGGAGCGAGGAGGAAAAUCGUUGCUGAAGAACCAAGCAUGGUGCGAGACUCAGACGAAGAUAGUACCGACUCAGAGCCCGGACAGUCGGACUCUCUCGCAGACAUUGAAGAGUACGAUGACAACGACAACGAGGAUGAGGGAGAAAGCGACCAAGGCAGAAAGCCUAAACGCUAC